GGGUUGAAAUCCCAGCAUCCCAUACGGCCCCCUAAGUUCCUAAGUGCAGAACCAUGAGUAACCCCUGUGCAUUGCCGGGUGUGACCCAAGGCAAAAAAAAAAAGAUACAGGCAGAUUAUUUUUCACAAAUUUUAUUUCCUAUCAAAGUUUUGGGCUUUAAUGCCAUCCUUUUCAUCCUCAGAAGCUGAGGGUGUUCAGAGCCCUGCAGCGUUGCGCGGCUGUUUGUCCCGCGACCCCUUAAGGCCGGCGGCAGCCCUGCAGCGCAGCCCUCCUCUCGCCGCGCCCGGCCUCUGCGGGGGCCCCCUAGAGGCCGGUGGGGGCACUGCAGCGCAGCCCUCCGCUCGCCAUGCCAGGCCUCGGCAGAAGCGGACAAGCUCCCCCGAGGGACGCUCCUGUUUCCUAGCGGCACUCCAGAUAUGCCGCCGGGAGCCCUGGGUGGAAGGCUUUCGGAUCCCGAGUCCGUUCCAUGCCUGUGACCCUGGCUGUGGGCGGAGGCGACGCGGGCUCCUCGGCGCUGCCGUACCGUCCGGUCUGGCUGGUCCCGUCUGCGCCCCGAACUCGGGGGCCCAUCCGUCGGCCCAAUACCGGCCUGGCCCCGCUCCUCCCCGGGCUCCGGCCCCGCCCCGAGUUCUAGCCCCGCCCCGUCCCCGCCCCGACUCGCAGUUCUGCGCGCAUGCGCGUGGCGGCCGGCGGCGCGGCGGGGAAAUGGCGGCGGCCGCGGGCGGCACGGGCGGCGCGGGCCCGGGCCCGUCGGAAGGGGCCCUCUCCGGCGUUAGCUGCGGCCCGGCCUCCGGCGCGGCCCCGGGCCCGGCCUCUUGGAGCCGAGCCCUCGAUCGAGCGCUGGAGGAGGCGGCGCUCAGCGGGGUGUUGAGCCUGAGCGGCCGGAAACUGAGGGAGUUUCCCCGGGGAGCGGCCAGCCACGACCUGACGGACACCACCCGGGCCGAUUUAUCACGAAAUCGCCUCUCAGAAAUUCCCUUAGAAGCAUGUCACUUUGUCUCCCUGGAGAAUCUCAACUUAUACCAAAAUUGUAUUCGGUAUAUACCAGAAGCAAUUCUAAACCUACAAGCGCUAACAUUCUUAAAUAUUAGUCGGAACCAGCUAUCAACAUUGCCAAUACACUUGUGUAAUUUACCAUUGAAAGUCUUAAUUGCUAGCAAUAACAAAUUGGUCUCACUUCCAGAAGAAAUUGGUCAUCUCAGAUAUUUAACAGAACUUGAUGUGAGCUGCAAUGAAAUUCAAACUAUACCAUCCCAAAUUGGUAAUUUGGAAGCCUUGAGAGACCUUAACAUAAGAAGGAAUCACUUAGUAUGUUUACCUGAAGAGCUAGCAGAAUUGCCUUUGAUACGGUUAGACUUCUCCUGCAAUAAAAUUACAACAAUCCCUGUUUGUUACCGUAACCUCAGACACCUACAGAUGAUCACCUUAGAUAAUAAUCCGCUGCAGUCACCGCCUGCACAGAUAUGUAUCAAAGGCAAAGUCCAUAUAUUUAAAUACCUGAACAUACAAGCCUGUAAGAUUGCUCCAGAUCUGCCAGAUUAUGAUAGGAGACCCUUGGGUUUUGGUUCCUGCCAUGAAGAACUGUACUCCGGCCGGCCUUACGGAGCCCUGGACUCCGGUUUCAAUAGUGUGGACAGUGGCGAUAAGAGAUGGUCAGGGAAUGAACCCACAGAUGAAUUUUCAGAUCUGCCUCUCCGAGUAGCAGAAAUUACUAAAGAACAAAGACUCCGAAGAGAAAGCCAGUACCAGGAACAUCGCAGCAGUUUACUAGUAACAAAUGGUGGAGAAUAUGACCUGGAUCAGAUCGACUACAUUGACAGUUGUGCUGUGGAGGAGGAGGAGGAGGAAGGGCGUCAGCCCCGGGCCCUGGACAGAGACAGCCUCAGUUCCCAGUUCAUGGCCUACAUCGAGCAGCGGCGGAUUUCUCAUGAGGUUUCACCAGUAAAACCUGUGCCCAUUAGAGAGUUUCAUAAAACAGAAGACAUGAGAAGAUAUUCACAUCAAAACAGGCUUCCAGCUGAACCAUCUGCUCUCUCACCACUGACAUCAAAUCACAGUCAGCUCUCACAUGCAGACUUAGAACUUCAUCGAAGAAAAGAACAGUUAGUUGAACAUGCUCGAAGAGAGGCACAGCUUGCUGCCUUGCAGUAUGAGGAGGAGAAGAUAAGGACCAAACAGCUUCAGAGAGACGCUGUCCUGGACUUUGUCGAGCAGAAGUCAUCAUUAAGUCCACAAAAACACCAACCUUCCUUAGAUGGUGAGUGUCCCUUUCCACCCAGACGGUCUCGGCACACUGAUGAUAGUGCCUCGUUAGUGAAUGGUGACAGGUCUAAUGCUGUAUCAAGCUUACCUGCAACAGAAACAGUUCACCGGUCCCCUCCAUACUCUUUCCCUGUUUCUACCCCAAGAAACCAACCCCAGCGCCCUGAUAGCUUCCUUUUCCGAGCAGCCUUAAGGGCAGAACCAAAUAAAGGUUUACCCCUUUCAACUUCUUCACCUAUCACAGAUUCUACAGAAUCCAUAACAAGAGAGAAUUCGAGGCAGAGAGAAGAGGAGCUGGAGUUAAUAGAUCAGCUUCGGAAACAUAUUGAAUAUCGAUUGAAAGUUUCUCUGCCUUGCGAUCUGGGAUCAGCUCUCACCGACGGGGUUGUUCUUUGCCAUUUGGCUAACCAUGUGCGGCCACGCUCCGUCCCAAGCAUUCAUGUUCCCUCACCAGCUGUACCUAAGUUAACAAUGGCAAAGUGCAGGCGAAAUGUGGAGAACUUCCUGGAAGCGUGCAGAAAAAUCGGUGUUCCUCAGGAGCAAUUGUGUUUGCCUCUCCACAUUCUAGAAGAGAAAGGGCUGAGCCGGGUCGCGGCCACCGUCCAGGCCCUCCUGGAGCUGGCUCCGCCCAAGCCGCAGCCGUCUGCAGUGUAAGGACUCCGGGCCUCGGUGUGGGCCUGGCCAGGCAAGGAACGGGACCACGUGAUUGCUGCUGUCAGCCGUCGCCUGGCCAGGCUCUGGGAGCGCUUAGGAGGGACUGUUCCAUGAUUCCUAACGGGAACGCUCUGCUUUGUUUCUCCAUUUUAGGGGAGGGUAUGUCCAUUUCCACUGAACUGCUUAUGAAGACACGGUUGGUUUUCACACUUGCCUCUUAUUUAUGUCAUUACUGAGGACUCAGCACCAGAGCCUGACCUGGCUUGUAUUUUCCUAGAGGUUUUGUUUUUUCCCACAAAUCAGAAUGAUAAAUAUUUCCAGAAGGAUAUUUAGUUCUGUUGAAGGCACAGACAUUGUCAUCCUUACCUAUUUCCUAUACCUCUGGGAAUCCUCCUUGCUUCUAAAUUUUGGAGCCAUUCGAAACUCCAGGAGCUUUUGUACAAAUACCGUGGGCAUCCCGUGGGCAAGAGAGCAUCAAGGUUGCCGCUGUUCCCCGUCUCGAGAGCAGACCACUCUCAGAGCUAGCUGUCUGCUCCGGGAGCUCAGUGUCACGCUGCUUUGGAGCCACAUUGCAAACCGAGAGCACUUAGGGUUACUUGGACUGUUUUGUCCAAGGCAAAACAAAAUUGCCGUAUAAGGCCCAGAUUCUCUCUAGUCAGUAUGACGGUUGUAUCAUCUGUUACCUCCGUUAUCACACUCCACACAGAUUCCAGAUUGUUAGGCCAGUAUCAGCUUUGCACUGACCUUUCUGAGCAUCCCUGGAUAUGCAGGGCACACACAUGUCCGCUUCCCAACUAUCAGAUUAUGAGGAACCAAGGAGAAGCCACAGUUCUUAAAUUUCCUUCAGUAACUGCCAGAUCCUGCAACUAUGUCCAGGCAGUUGUGGUGUCUUGAAAAGAGCUCGGCCUCAUUUAGCUCACCCAGUCCCUUUCCGGCCCACCCCGACAUCCUCUGCUCAGUGGAGUGGGUGGCAGGGCCUCAGGCUUGUGCUUCAAAUAUCCUAAAGGUGAAGCCACUUGCAUCCUUUUUCCCACUUCAGUUGUGGUUGUCAUGUUAUCUAUUAGUAUUCGUUGCCUUUGUAAUCCAAGUAAAUGUCUUAAAUGAAGAGUCUAGUCUGCUCUCUUUUUUUUUUUUGCUUUUUGGGUCACACCCAGCGAUGCACAGGGGUCAUUCCUGACUCUGCACUCAGAAAUUACCCCUGGCAGUGCUCAGGAGACCAUAUAGGAUGUGCAAGGCAAACGCCCUACCCGCUGUGCUGUUGCUCCAACCCCAAGUCUACAUAUUUUUCUGUUAAUUGUUCUGGAUUUCCUUUACCAGUUACAUGCAUUUGAGUAAAAUCUUCUCUUGUAUGUAAAUGCAAUCUGAAAGUAACCUUGCAUAAAAUCAUACUGAGUUUCUGAACAAAACAGUGUUUUGUUUUUUCCUUGUCUCCACAGGGAAAUAGUUCAUGUGGACCUUACUGCUAUGUCAUGUUUAUAUUUAUAGGCCACGAAAUAUUUCUGCUCAAAGCCCAGCCCUUCAGGGCCUCCCAGAGCAGAAGUCAAGUCUCUCUUAAGAUCUUGAGCCUGUUCUGUCCUAUUUGUAGCUCCAAAUACAUCCAUCAGUCAUAUGACUUACUUAGGAUUUAGCUGUGUAUAUUUUUAAACUUUACGUAUUUUUACUUCUGAUUUUGACCAGGUUAACAACAUUAAAUCUAGGACAGUCUCCAAAAUAUAAAGCCACUUAAGACUCAGCAAAGGACAGUACUGUUUGUCAUAUUUUACUCAAGAAAUGGUCCUAGAAGAUCUGCAUAAUAACAACACUGGAAUAUGUACAACUUACAUUCUCAUAGGAAUGAAUAGAAAUUUCAAGUACAUUUCAGAUUUUACACGUAACAUGAAACCUUACUAAUGCAUUUUGAUUGAACUCAUUCAAGUACAUAUGCCCGGAGUGUUAGGGGAGAUUUUGUGUGCUUUUAAUAUUGAAUGAGACAAAUAUCAAAGAAAAAGAAUUUCCUUUUCCAUCUUAAGAUGCAAGCACAAACCAUAAUGUUUUUGUUGGAAGAAUUUUGUAUGCAGUGUUUGAUAUAUCUUUUUGAGGUAGAAAGAGAAUUUCAGUUUAACAUUUAUUUAGCCCUGCUGGACUCCAGUGUGAGACAGAGAUGACUGUGGAACAGUUCCACCCGAUCCUUUCUGACCUCUGCCUUCAACAGCAAGCUCCCCUAUGCCAACACACAGAAGAGGAAACGGCUGAGUGUCCGCCAGCCGUCAGCAGUCUCCAUGCCCGAGCCGCCAGCCC